AAUUUGGGCUUCUGGUACAAUUAUUUGUCAUCUCCCACCUGGCAACGCUGAAAUCAGCCCCAAAAUGGCGGCUGUCUUGCAUGAAGAUUUCAAAUAUGUCAAUUUGCUUCCAAAAAGAGACGAUUACACGUUCAAAAUGCGCCAACAUUUAUUUGCCUGCAAAACUGCCGACGCCGGCAAGUUUGAUCUGAAAAGUAUCGAAAGACAUUUUGGUACCACCGGGACAACCUUACUGCACUCUCGGCCGCAGUUUGACCCUGGAACUGAUGGUUUCUAAUUCCGUGUGCCGGGCUAAUUGGCUAUGUGGGGGCUUGCGGUCAUGUGACGAUGCCACCGUGAAGAGGAGGGAGAUCUUAAACGUCCUCAUGCACGAGUCGCCAUGCAGGGACGUUUGGUUUGGCUUGGGAUGAUCUACUGCAGUCCUAAAUAAGUUGGCCAUCCCAUCCCAUCCCAUCCCAUCCCAUCCCAUCCCAUCCCAUCCCAUCUCAUCCCAUCCCAUCCUCCUAUAAAAGUGCAGGGUGGUCUCGGGCUGUGGAGUCAUGAGUGAGAGUGGCCAGGGUGUGGAGCACAUCAGGAGGUGCUGUUUCCCCCGCCGCCGCCACACGGUCAUCGCCGACGCCAUGACCGCCUUCAAGGGCAUCUGGACUCAGGAGUUCUGGCGUUGCGUCGGCGCCGAGUUCUCGGCCACGCUCCUCUUCGUGCUGCUGGGCCUCGGCUCCACGGUCAACUGGGGGCCCGGCGAAGCGGCGCCCGACUUGGCGCACAUCUCGCUGUGCUUCGGCCUGACCAUCGGCACCAUGGUCCAGUGCUUCGGACACAUCAGCGGCGCUCACAUCAACCCGGCGGUCACGGCCGCCAUGGUGGUGACCCGCAAGCUGAGCGUGGCCAAGGCCGUGUUCUACGUGCUGGCGCAGUGCCUGGGCGCCACGGCGGGGGCCGCCGUCCUCUACGGGGUCACGCCGGCUUCAGUGACGGGGGCCCUGGGCGUCACGGCGGUGAACAAGAAGGUGUCGGUGGGGAACGCGCUGGUGGUGGAGAUCUUCAUCAGCUUCCAGCUCAUCUUCACCGUCUUCGCCACUUGCGACCACAAGCGCAGCGACCUGAAGGGCUCGGCGGCGUUGGCCAUCGGCCUGUCGGUGUGUGUCGGCCACCUGUUCGCUAUUCCGUACACGGGCGCUAGCAUGAAUCCUGCUCGCUCCCUGGGCCCGGCCGUGGUCACAUGGUCCUGGGAGAACCACUGGGUGUACUGGGUGGGCCCGGCCCUAGGAGGGAGCGUGGCGGCGGCCCUGUACGAGUACCUCUUCUGUCCGGACCCGGAAGCCAAGAAACGUUACUCGGACGGCUUCGGCAAGACGGCGUUCACGGGCUCCAAACAGCGGCAGGACUCGGUCACGGCUCAGGAGCCGCUCUUCGCUGCCAUGGAGGCGGAGCGGGGCCGCGAGCGGGAGGUCUCGGGGGAGGUGCUGUCCUCCGUAUGACUAGACAGGAAGCGGGUCCGGGUCUGCUUGGCUGAGGCGGGUCUGAAGGAGACGGACCUGCUGUAGACCAACAUCAAAUGUCUAAAAAGAUCCUGCGUGGAAUAUCUACCUGGAGGAGGAGCAGGAGCGGACUCAAGCCUGGAUGGUUUGGACUGUUGGAGUCUAAAGAAAACAACAAGAAAAACGGGGUUUAAUAGAAGAUGAAACACUGGAGACGUCCUUUCAAGAGAACAGAAGUGGACCUAAGAAGGACCCCUGAGGUACAACACAACUGUUUUUGCCCUCACUCAGCAUGGCGCCUAAUGUUGCUGAACAAUCCAGUCUGCUGCAGCUCAUUCAAGGCCGUCCAAAGUGCGGCCCGGGGGCCAUUUGCUAAACAAUCAUUAGCAUUUUUGUAUUACCAUGCUAGGUUGUUUUUGCCAACUUUGCAGCUACUGUAUGCACAUCAGCGUCAAAUAUCUUGUUACCUGACGGAUGACACCUGUUAGCAUGUUAAGGUUAGUAUGCUAGCUUGUUUUAGCUCAUUUUGUAGGUUUAAACCACAGUCAUAUUUUGGUACUUGUAUGCUAAAGUUAGCAUUAGGUUUGUCAAAAAAUGGAUUUUCGAAUGAAUUCCUACUUGUAAUGAUUCUUAGAAUAUAUAUAUAUAUAUAUAU